AUGAUCGCCACGGAUGACCAAGUAUCAAUUCAGUUGAGUGAACCAGAACAGAGUAUAAGUACUACACCAAAAUGGCCAGAAUCGAAGGAAGUUGUCGAGGCACAUGGUCAAAAUCACCGUUCAAAAUGGGAUAUGACCUUUGCAGCAUCAUCUGCAUUUGCUGUAUUCAUUGAUCCAUUGAUCUGUUAUGCUCCCGUACUCAUCAACGAUAGCGUGUGCUGCUAUUGGGACCAAACAAGUCAUGCUGAGCCAUUUGCGACUUCCUGGACAAGAAUUAUUGGCGGUCCUCAUACGAAAAUUUGUAAAAUCUUGAAUGGCAAGAAAACACUUCGGUUCUUACGCAUUCUGCCUCGCAUUUGUGCUGCGCUUCCCAUUCUACAGGCAGUAAUCCUCACUGGAAAAUAUACAUCCGUUGAAAAGACUAACUUCUUCUAUCUAAUUCCAAUCCAAUAUACCGUACGGGCUAUUAGGCUCUACCGAAGGCUCAAUCGGAGUUCUAACAUAGAGACUUCAGUAAGAAGAUUGCUUAAAGCUAUUUUGGACUUCCUUCCCUUCAUCCUUGCUGCUCAUGUGCCGUUGCUUGAAAAUACAGAUGAGAAAGCAUUAAAAGCAAUAUGCAAUCAUCUUAAGCCGGUGACUUAUGGCCAGGAUGUUUAUAUCAUUCGAGAAGGAGAACCACUUCGAAAGAUGCUUUUCAUCACAAGAGGCACUGCAUUGACCUACAAAACUUUUAAGGGUGGAACAAAUGUGUGCAAGUGCCUUGAGAAAAGUGAUUUUUAUGGAGAAGAACUUCUAAAUUGGGCAUUCAAAUCUGGCACAUUUUCUGAGUUACCUAUCUCUCCUACGACUGUUGUAUCCCAAACAAAAGUUCAAGCGUUUUCUCUUAGGGCCAACCACUUGAAGUCUGUUGUCGAUCAAUUUUGGUGGCGUUUUCAGAGGGAGCUUCCUCAUUCUCAAUUGGAGCAUUUUGCAGCUUCUUCCUUACAGGCAUUCUGGUGCCGCCGUCGUGCAAAGGCUAAGGGCCCAACUGGAUGGCACAAACGUACAUUAAAUUAUCUAAAAGUACAAUAUCCUAAAAAAGGAGUGUAG